UUUUGGGCUGUGCUGCUGAGGAGGUGAGGGAAAUCGCAUCCAAUGAUGGGGGUGUGAGCAGUGCUGCUGAGGAGGUGCGGGAGGUGUGUGGUGUGGUUGAGAGGGGUGACGAGAGGGCGGGGAGACGUGAGAGUGAAGGGCUAGUCGAGAGUCUUGCUGGUUUGAGUCUGCAUGGGGGUGGUGUGGGAGGGAUAGAGUGUGCUGGUGAGGAGACGGCAGGAGAGGAGGGGGAUGAGGACGUGGUUGAAGUGGAUGAGAAGGUAGGCACACAGAAGACCAGAGCACGUUCAAAAGCAGAACGAGCAGGCGGAGCAGAGAGAGAAGGAGGAGAAGAGGCAGGUGGGGUGCAGGCGAAGGCAUUGACAAAGGCAAGGGGUAACAGGAGGGGCAAAGGGAGGGGCACGGUGAGGAGCAAGUCGAGUGGUGAAGGGGAUGAGGGGCAGCAAGGGGCAGAUGUGAUGGUACAGGCAGGGGACGAGGGACGAGAACGUGGUGCUGACACUAUGUCAGGUAGCAGCAGCAUUGAUGCGUGCAACGACAGCAGGAGCUGCAGCAUUGAGGUAGGGAGCAGCAUUGACAAUGGAGCGAGCAAGGAGAGAGUUCCAGAAGCAGACGAGCAGAGCGUGUGGAAGAAAGAUGGUAUUGGAGGCGAGGAUGAGGGUCAAAGAGAGGAGGAGGAGGGCGGUGUAGGGGCAGAGGUGGAGGAGGAGGAUGAGGUGGUGGAGGUGGAGGAGGAGGAGGAGGAGGAGGAGGAGGAGGAGGAGGAGGAGGAGGAGGAGGAUGGGGAUGAGGUGGUGGAGGUGGGGGACGAGGAGGAGGAUGAUGGGCUGUGUGCGCUGCGUGCUGCCUGUCGCCAGCCGCACAUGUGCUCUAUGGAGCAAGCUAUCACGCAAUUCUGCAAUCUGAAGACCAUCCGGAAGAUAGGGGAGGGAAGCUUUGCGGAAGCGUUUGCAGCAGAGGGAGCGGAGGGAGCGGAGGGAGGGGUGUGCCUCAAGAUAGUGCCAGUGGGGGGGCGAGUGCUGGUCAACGAUGAGCCGCAGAAGGUGAGAGUGGGUGCAGUGCGGGGGGUGUACUCGCCUGUGCUGGUGCGGGCAUGGGAGGAGUGGGCGGAUGAGAACGAGUCGCUCAACGACCACCCAGGCAUCUUCCCCUCGGACCAGUUGGCAUCAGCUGCAGCCAUCACGUUGCCCUGCCCACCACUCUGCUGCACUACCCAUGACUCUGCCGCACUGCCCCACUGCAUCUGCCACCUCACUCCGCCCCUGUGCACCGCAUCAACCCUACCACAGGUGGCAGCAGGGCUGGCGGUGGCAGAGGCAGCGUGCGAUUUUGAGCACCGCGACCUGCACUGGUACGCUGUCGCUCAUGUGGUAUGGUGUGGCAGGUGGCACUGGUACGCUGUGGGAGGUGGCACUGGUACGCUGUGGGAGGUGGCACUGGUACGCUGUGGGAGGUGGCACUGGUACGCUGUGGGAGGUGGCACUGGUACGCUGUGGGAGGUGGCACUGGUACGCUGUGGGAGGUGGCACUGGUACGCUGUGGGAGGUGGCACUGGUACGCUGUGGGAGGUGGCACUGGUACGCUGUGGGAGGUGGCACUGGGGCAACGUCCUCAUUCAUCGCGCACAGGCGAGCGGCAGGGGAGCCAAUCAGAGGCGCGAGGGGGCAAAGGCCCUGCUUGACUGCACUGCCAGCAUGAACAGCACUGGGAACAGUAAUGCUAGCAGCAACGCAAAUACUAACAACAGUGGUAGCGGCAAGGGAGAGGGAGGGAGCGGGCAGUGGUUCAGGCUGAAUGGGCACCAGCGAUGCUUCCAUGACAAGGGCCUUCGUGUGGCCAUCAUCGACUUCUCCCUCUCCCGCCUCCAGUCAGGUGCUCGAGUGCACUUCAGCGACCUCUCUCAGGAGCCAUCCAUCUUCCAGGGCGAUAAGGGCCACCCCCAGUUUGACACGUACAGGGAGAUGAAGAAGAAGACCAAAGGACGCUGGGAUAGAUGGUGCCCCCAGACCAACAGUCUCUGGCUCAAAUACCUGGCAGAGAUGCUGCAGACGGGCAAGAAGAUUCGUUUCAAGGCUAAUGAGAAGAGGGCCAUCAUCCAGUUCAAGGAGCGCAUGGCUGCAUGCCAUUCUGCGCAAGCUGCGCUUGAUGAUGAGCUCUUCAACGACCUCUGGCGCUCCUAG